UUGCAAUGUUAUAAUCUGCAAUACAAGUAUACUUUUUGUGUAUUUUCAUAGUUUGUAGCUGGAAUCAGCAAGGAAUGAAAUAUUGAUAAGACCCGUAUACGCCGAGUUAUUUUCAAUUUGGUACUUUUAUUUGCUUGGAAACUACCUUGAUUCCUUGAAAUAUCUAUAUUUUAAAAUUAAACCAUAAAUGUAGUAGCAAAUACACGAGUAGAGAAAAACCCAUAACAGGCACUUUCCUAUCUACUGAUGUCUCAUUCAAAUUCUCCUAACCGAACGCCAGUGAGUUUAUUUACAGCCUCGGUGAAAUGAAUGGCGCUAACUUUUCGUUGUGCGAGCAGAUAAUUCCAAAAAGCUACGUCCAGCAAGCACAAAAUGCUAGAAAAACGAUCGAGAAUGACAUAAAGGUUUUCCUAGAACAUAGAAAGUGGCCGAGUGAAGGUUGGGAUGAUGCUAAGAUCGAGCUUCUGCUGCAAGAGUUGGCUCUCAUGGACAGUAACAACUUCCCAGGGAAUGUUGGUGCAGGCGAGCGUGAAGGAAGAGUGGUAUCCUCCCUGGUCUUGCGAAGACAUUUCAGGUUGAGCCAUGGGAUUGGCAGGUCAGGCGACAUAGCGGCCAUCCAGCCUAAAGCAGCAGGAUCAUCUCUGUUGAUGAGACUGACAAACUGCAUGGCACUGGAUGUGAUUAGAAUGACAGGAGUGAAAUCUGCAGCAGCUUGCUUGCUGUUGCCACUAGCAACUGGCAUGAGCUUGGUUAUGGUAUUCCUUACAUUAAGGCAAGUGCGCCCUUCAGCCAAGUAUGUGAUCUGGCCAAGGAUUGAUCAGAAGUCUUGCUUCAAAUGUAUACUAACUGCAGGUUUUGAGCCAGUGGUUAUUGAGAACGUUUUAGAGGGAGAUGAGCUAAGGACAGACAUCCCCGCCAUCAAGAGGAAGAUAGAAGAGUUAGGGGCUGAUAACAUACUGUGUGUCAUGACAACAUCAAGCUGCUUUGCCCCUAGGGUUCCUGACAGAUUGGAAGAGGUCGCCAGGCUUUGUAAGGACAAGGCUGUCCCACAUGUUAUCAACAAUGCAUAUGGCGUCCAGUCAUCUAAAUGCAUGCAUCUCAUUCAACAGGCUGCGCGUGUGGGGCGUGUUGAUGCAUUUGUUCAGAGCUCAGAUAAGAACUUUAUGGUGCCUGUUGGAGGAGCAAUUGUUGCAGGAUUUGAUGCAAAGUUUAUAGAUGACAUCAGCAAGACAUAUCCAGGUCGAGCAUCAGCCACACCCUCUAUCGACCUGUUUAUCACAUUGCUGUCUCUUGGUUCCAAGGGCUAUGAGAGGUUACUCAAGCAAAGGAAGGAAGUUUAUUCGUACCUGUCUGAGGGACUUAGCCAUAUUGCCACCACACAUGGUGAAAGUUUACUCAUUACCAAGCAUAACCCUAUAUCAUUAGCAAUAUCUCUUGACCACGUGGCCGCACGUAGCCUAUCACAAGCGCCUGACUCUAGCGACUCCACCCUGCUUGGCUCAAUGCUGUUCACUCGCCGCGUGUCUGGGGCAAGGGUUGUGGCCCCAGGCUCAAGUAAGGACAUUGGUGGUCACGUGUUUACUGGAUGGGGCGCGCAUGUCAAUAGGUACCGCUGCCCAUACAUUACAGCAGCCGCAGCUAUAGGAAUGACCAUGGAAGACGUGGACAUUUUUCUAUCAAAGUUGGAUAAAUGUCUAGGGAAAUUUAGCGCUAAAGUUACCCCUGACGUCCUAUUAAGCACGGACAACACGAAGGAGGAAGAUGACAAAUAAUUACAUUUAAUAUUUGUAUAUUUUUUUACAAUUCAUUCUCUCAAAAUGUGUAAUAAUAAUAUAAAUUCAUAAGAGUGAA